AUGACUUUUGCUGUUCUCGCUCGCAAACGCCGCCGGCAACUCUCCCCUCCAUCUCCUCCGAUCGCUCCCAAGCGAGCAUCUCAGAUGAUAGUCCCGCCGCUGCCGAUGACUCCUCCCGACCCUGAUGCCGACCCGAUCGCUAAUAUCAACCCAAGUAUACCACCCAUGGACACCGUCGUCCACGUCAUCGCCACAGAGAAGGCUGCUUUGGCAAAUCUGGAGCGGAUAUAUACGACCGAUACGCUUUCAAGGGAGAAUAUGGAACGUGCAGUGGAACGGGUCGCAAGAACCAUCAACAUCGGAGGGAAGCUCGUGAUUUGCGGGGUUGGAAAAAGCGGCAAGAUUGGAGAAAAGUUGGUUGCGACGAUGAACAGCUUUGGGAUCCAGAGCUGCUUUUUGCACCCGACCGAGGCACUGCAUGGAGAUUUGGGUAUGAUAAGACUGAACGACACCUUACUUUUUAUCACGUUCUCGGGUAAAACGUCGGAGCUAUUAGUGCUUCUACCUCAUCUCCCACCUACCCUACCGGUGAUUGCGAUCACGUCACAUAUGCAGCCCUCGUCGUGUGCUUUGUUGUCAGAUUCUGAUAUCCGGGAUACGAUUCUGCUUCCUGCCCCCGUUCAUGAGCGUGAGGAGGUAUCUUUUGGCUUGCCCGCUCCAACAACAUCAACAACCGUUGCUUUGGCAUUGGGUGACGCACUUGCACUUGCGAUCGCUCGAAAACUUCACACUGUCCCGGGAAGGGGUCCGGCAGAAGUAUUCAAGGGCUUCCACCCAGGCGGAGCCAUCGGAGCCGCGUUUGCAUCGUCGUCGUCUCCGUCUCCAUCCGUAACACCGUCGUUAAGUUCCGUGUCUUCCACAGCAACAUCGCUUUCAUCUGCAACAUCGAAUGCGGGCCCAACGCAAGCUAACUGCCUUAAUCCUCUGCCCCAAUCAUCUCACCAAAAGUUAAUAUCCAGUCUUGCGACUCCCUAUUCUUCGAUACCGAUAAUUUCUUACCAUACAGUUCCAUAUUCUGAAAUCCGCAUCGCAGAUGCCCUGGCGGCGGCGGUGCGUUGUCCAGAGGCAGCGUUUUGGGUUUUAGUGACCCCCAGCCACCUCCUUACCCCCAGAGUUCUUCGCCGGCUGGCUAAAACUCGCGAUCCUGGAGUCAAAUUCGGCGAUUUUGAGAGCGAAAGCCACGAUCUGUUUCGAAAGAAUUGGAUCCAUGUUCCGAAAUCGUCAACUAUUGCCGACGUGCGUCAGAUCCUUAAUGGUAUCGACUCUACUAGCAGGGGUAGAGAACCGACAGAAAAGAGUGCGAGACACACCAGAAACCGUGUAGUUGCGCUCAUGAACGACAAAUCUGAAGAUGACCUUUUUGGGUUUGUCGAAGAAAGAGAGAUCCCGCAGUGA